UACUAACUCAAGCGUAAAUCCCAGGUAAUGAAUAAACACCAUGCGCAGAAUACUACUACGCGAGCUACUACGACAAUUCAAGAUGGCUUCCAGCGUGGAAUUGUUUUCGGCGACCAAAAUAUUUUCCUGCAAUUAUCGGAAAUGUUACUGAUAUUUGGAAUUGAAACCAACUUAAAGACUCAUGUCCUUACGAAGCAGAUUGCACACUCUUCCAACUAAGGAUGUAGAGAUUGCACGAAGUGGGCGUCAUUACAGGAAAGCUCUCGAUCUACGUGGUCAAUACCUGAACUCAUUUCCAGAAGCACUGUUCCAACACUGCCGACUGCUUGUCAGCUUAGAAACCUUGGAUUUGAGCUUCAAUAAUAUACGGGACCUGCCGCCAUGUAUCAACACGCUGACCAACCUCCAACACUUGUACGUUCACCACAAUACACUGCGAAAGCUACCUGUCGAGAUGGUGUGCUUAAAAGGACUGAAGACUCUCGAUGUUUCACACAACAGGAUCGGAAUCAUUCCCUCAUGCUUGUCCAAUUUAGAGAACCUACAGGUGGUUAACUUUUCUGGAAACCAUGUGAAGUUACUAGAUGAGACAGUAUUCCAGUUGCCCAAUUUGCAAAAGUUUAUGGUUACUCGGAACCCUAUCAGGAAUGUUCCCAGAGAUAUUUAUGUACACGGAUUGCGGGCAAUCCGUCAACAUUUUGGGAUAAAACUUGAGAGACCUGUUCCUCUUCCAACCAAGCCAGUACUAGAAGAUAUAUCUCUUCAAGAUCAAAUCAGAACGUAUCAGUUACGGCAAACACCUUGUUGUACUGAUGAUACUUCAUGCCACAGACCAGAUAUUAAACCAGAACCUCCUGAUGAGAAUGAUGAAGAGGUGGCUGUUAUUAACAGUAGUACAGCAGUGAAUUCAAGGCAUAAACAAGUGGCGGACAUACUGCUCUAUGAACGAAGGAUCUCCACCAGUGAUUAUGGCUCUUGUUCUGGUUCCAACAUUGAAAGUGACUGGCUUCGUAGGGAUAUUGACAAUGACGACCUGAGUUGCCAUGGAGAUUAUGGAAGUGACAAUGAGGAUAUUGGAUGCGACAUAAGUGUUGCUGAGGAUCGUUGUGAAAUCUGCCUAAGACCUCUGUACAGUGACAUCAACCUUAGUGACUCCAGCCCUUAUGACUGCAUUUUACCAAAUAGAUCUAGACUUCUAAAGGUAUUAAAUGUAACAGUAGUGAUACCAGAGCACAACAAGAUGAAUUACAUGAGGAGUGAGUUCACACUAGACAUCUUGAAAGACCACAGGUUUAUACCAGAUGAAGAUCCUACCAUUGUGGUGCCGGCAAGUCCUGUAGUGCUUCUUGGACCCCAUGGGGCUGUGUUCUAUGAAGAUCGUCCAGCAGUCAUAAGACUCCCUCUUAUGGUCAAAGUACCCUUCCCAAGUCAAGUUCAUUGUCUGCGAAGCAACACAGAUGACUUAGAAAGACCAGCCUGGGAACGCAUCCCGUCCAGUGACUUCAGAGUGAGAGAUGGAUACAUCCUUCUUAGGACUAGUCAUUUCUCCUUGUUUACUGCCGUCUUAAGUAAGACACCGUUCUCAGUGAGUAGAACGAUAAGUGCAGAAGAAGGCGGAGUACUUGAAGUGAAUGAAGUACCUGGACUGGUUGUUCAGUUUCCUCGUGGAUGUGUGCAUGGAGAUGUCAAUGCUAGCAUCAGAGUCAUAUGUUCUGAGCUUCCAGCAGAUGUACGGACUAACCUCAAUCCGUCUGAUGCAUUGGCAACACCAGUAGUAAUUCUACAGCCCCAUGGUUACAUCUUCAACAACUUCUCAGACAAUCCAGUCACUGUAAGAUUGCCUGUCCCAGACUACAGUGCAAUCAUUCAGAAUUUCGGAUUUGAAGCGCAACUGUCGGUUUGGCAGAGUCCAACGACAGAGGACCAACCUGUAGCUUGGGAAGCACUAAAUACAAACUUCAAGAUUGACUGUGACGAGAAUGGCAACUAUUUCAUUGACAUUCCUGUGGUGCAUUUCUCCUGGUUGACUGCACUGUGGGCUAGUAUCAGGGGUAAGAUGCAGAAUGCCAGACUAGGGGUGGGUUUUGCUUACUCUGGUGGCGCUGUCAACAUGAAAUGCCAGGCAUGGAUGCUAGAGAAUCCUGACACAGGAAAGUUUGGUCUGGUAGUCAUCUGUCAUCAUAGUGAUAAUCCCAUGCAGGACGUGGGGAACUACGCCAAGAAUGUUGGCGGUAGCUUGAAACCUGUAAGCAUAGGACCAGGAGGGUCUAUCAUCGUCAAGCUUGGCAAAUCUGACUACUUUGAGGCUGACACAGCUGCAGGUGAAGAUGAAUCGUUGGAACAGGUGGAGGAGAACUACAAAGGUGGAGAGUUUGAGAAACAGUUUGCCUGUAAGUUCAAAGGUCAACCAUCCAACAAGGACAUCUUUGGCAAGGUCUUUGUGCGGCGUCGAUGGGAGAAUGGCACAGAAGAGAGACUGUUUGAAUUCAACCUCAUCAAGAAAAUGGACGAGCCUGCAUCGUCUCCAGAGGACCCAUGGACAUCUGCGCCACUCAAACAACUGGCAGAGGUGCAUGGAAUCACAGAUGGAGAUAACUGGAAGCAGUUUGCCCGUGCUCUUGGCUUCAGUCUUCAAGACCUACGCACCAAGUUUGGUCGUAGCCCAGACAAGUUUGCCACCAUCAUUGCUGAGUACCGACGGCAAGGCGGCACCCAUAAUGACUUCUUACAGACACUGAAUGAGGUGGGACGUGCGCUGCGGGUCGGCGACACAGAAGAACAAGAACAACAGCAGCAGCCAGCAAGUUGGUUAGAGAUGCUGUCAUUCAGUUGGUUUGGUGGUGGAGGCAGGCCUUCAACACCAACUAUGACUACAGCGACAUCCACUGCUGAAGGGAACACAGAAAACCAACCUGGUCCUAGUGGAUUGCAUUUAAGCAGUCCCAAACGGAAGCGUGUUUGCCCAACCUGUGAAUCCCAAACUCCAACCCUACCUCAAUCUGCCAAACGAUUACGACGUGAAGCAACCUCAGCGACUGUUGCCACCUCCACUCUUUCCACUCCUGAAGACACUCUUCUAGAAUCACUAAGAAUCAGUCCUGAACCCAAGUUGCCUACACCGCCACGGUCACCCAGUACAUCACUGCUACCAACGCUACCUACAUUCUCCAGACACUCACCACCAUUGGGAACAAUGACUAACAGACCUUCCCAUGUAUCAGUGGUACAGAGCCAUACAGGUAGUGCUAUGUCAUGUGGACUAUCAACCAGUGUACCUAACCGAUUCUACAACACACCACUCACAGAGACAAGAUACGGGUCUAUACCUUCAACUUCCAAUCAGUCAAUGCCCAUGAUGCACAUGCGUACAGAUGAACAUCUGAUGAGAGAGAACACUGAAGAGAUCACUCAAUCACAGUUGUAUCGCAUUGCACCUCUCAUCCAACCCCACUGGCUCAAGGUGGCUCGCUUCGUCCGUGAUGAUGAAACCCUUGAAGCAGAUCUGAAAGCCAUCAGAGAGAACUAUACAGGGCCUGAGGAACAAGCUGUACAGAUGCUGCUACAAUGGAGGGAUAAAUGCCCUGAUAUAUGCACCAAGGGCAGGUUGUAUGCUGCAUUGUGUGAUCUGAAUCUUAAGACAAUUGCUAAGAAAUGUAAUCAGGUGUAUAAUAGGAGCUGAUAGACUGGCCCCUUGGAUUGAUGAUGAGUCCCAUCAAGGCAUUGGACAGGUAGUGGCUCAUUUUGUAGUGUCUUAUCAGCGAUCAUGCAGUUUUGGGCCCGGUUCCCUAUAAGAGAACAAAAUCCACUUUUAAUUUAUUUGACUUAACAAACUAGUUUGCCACAUUAAGAGCAUCCAGGUAUAGAUAGAGGGCAGCGUUUUUAAUUUUAGAUGGAAAUGUUGAAGUUAAAUUUGCAAUGACAAUAGAAAAACGCAACACGAAAAUAAAGAUGGCAAUCACUGCUGCGAUGUACCAUUUACGCCCAAGGCGCGCUGAAUUACACACCAACCGUAAAGCCGCAUCAUAAUUUCUACCCAAAGAAACUGUUCCAAAUCACAAAAAAGGUGUCAUUAAAAUUGAGAGAAGUCUGCUUUAGGUAGAAAAAGUCUUUUUUCAAGAUAAUAAACACCUUUGACUCUAAUUUGAUCGAAACUAAAUCGAGGCCCGUAACUACGCGAUCGCUGUCUUAUCCAUGGCCACGUGUCAAUUGUAGCCACAGCCAGAUGCCAAUUGUAGCCAUUACAUGAAUUCGUCCAAGUUUGUCCAGUAUGGCCACCUGCUGCCUACCAAAUUGGUUUUUAACUAGCUGUAUAUUUUUACUUUUGAUAUCUUCAUUGGAAUGGAUACUGAAAUAUACGAAUGAUGACACUCUAGUCAAAUCUAUGGUUAGGAUUUCCCGGCGACUUAUUAUGUGGAGCAAAAUCUGCCCUCCCAAAAAAAAAAAAAACCUUUGACUACAUUCAAUACUUUAAAAAAAAUAAAGUACAUCAUCCAGAAAACGAGCCAGUUUUUUUUUUUUUUUAUCAGAACAGUACUUCAGUAUGCGAUCAUUAUUCAGUACAAGCUUAGUCCAGCUAUUUACUUGACCAUUUCCGAAAAUGACACCUGUAACUGUAUAAUUACAUUGUAUACCCUCACAGGAACACUCAAUCCCAUUACAAAAAACUCAGGAAUGUAAAUUAAUAAAUAUGGUAAAUCCUUAAGUGACAGAAAUGGCAAGGCGUCAUUUUAUUUAGAAGUAAAAUUUGUAAUUGUUUCUUUUGUCACAAGAGGGCUUUCGUGAGAAGUUGUGGGCUCUCCAUUAUGUUUAUCUGUUUCGGGUUCAGAUUAGGUUUUUAUUAGGUAUUGUACGUAUAUCAAAUGACGUCCCUUGAGAUUAAGUGAUCUGUAAAUAAGCAAAAAGGUUUCACACUAGCUGCCUGAAAGGUGCAUUCAUUUCUAAUGAAGAAUUUUUUGUUUUUAAAACUGAACAUUUCUUGUUCCAUAUUUAAAAAAAAAAAUGGGCAGAAAUUAAUUCUUGAUGGAGGUACUACUGUGUAUUACUAUUAAUUCCAAGGUUGCAGGUCCUCAACAUGUGGUUUUUAAACAAACACAGGAUAUUGUAAAUAGUCUUUGUAUAAAUAAUGAGAUUUUAUAGAGUUUUACAUACAUGGAAGUGUACUGUGCUGUUUUGAGAGAUAUUUUUUAUGGAAACUUGUAUCUACGAAUGAAUAUUCGAUAGAUAUUUGUGAAUAUGUUUGUUUCGUUAAUAGCCACAGAUAUGUGCUGCUAUGCAUGCUAUCUCUUAGUGGUAUGCAUUACGUUAUUUCAAAGCCAGUUGCUUGGUCAUAUCUUGGACAAAUUUGGCAGAGUACUUUAUUACAGGACAUAAUUUAAUAUCCAAAUUGUCACGUUUAUAUCCCGUAAAAAUAUUGUGUAGAUAACAAGGAUUUCUUAAUGACUGUUCAGGUUGAUGUACUGUCUGGGGGAGGGAUGUGACAAUUACACUCUUAAACGUUUAAACACAAAAAUUCUAAUCCGUUAUACAAAUUUUCCAAAAACGUUUUAACGAAACCCGAAUUAUAAAAUAGGGACCUACGUUCAUCGUUCAUGUAGUCUUACUUUGAUUUAAACUUACAUAGCACAAAUAAUUAACAAUGUUUUCAAACCUAUUUCAAUUACAAAACCUUUGAAGCACUUCAAUACUUGAUUUCAUUCGGGGCACAGGUGUUUAUGUUUUUGCUUUUUCAAUGACUGCCAUUGUUGAUUUAUUAUGUCAAUUACACUGGUCUGCAGACAUAAUGAGCAUACGUCAGCCUUUGGGGGUGGCUUAACAAUUAAAAAACGGUUCUUAAAAUAUUUGCUAAACGUUUACAAAAUUAAAUGCAAAGUCACAUCCUCAGUCCUGGUUUUUUAUGUUUUUUUAUUUUCUAAUCUAAAUUGCGUACUGUAUUUUAAAGUUGUAUUCCUUAAACCCCAUCUUUGUGUGGAUUUUUUUUGUCUCUCUUUCACAGGGUUAACUUUUUAAAGGCAUUUUGUAAUGUCACAAUUCUGUAAACAAUCUAAACCAAAACUUAACCAUAAAAAAAAUAUAAUCAACUCAAACAACAAAAGUUGUACAAAGUGGGUGACUGCUGUCACAUUGGUAAACUUAGGUGUGCAUUGUUUGGAUUUGCCAUCUUUCUAAAGUCGCCUGUGGCUAAAUGAAAUAUUUGCCCUAGAAAUACAUGUACUGCUUACAGGAACUCAUUGUCAAUCUUCUAAUUUACAUACAUGUAGUACUUCAUUUGUCUCUCCAGUAUUUCUUUUUUUAAUAGUACUUUUCAAACCAGAAUUAUAACAUUUGUACUGAUGUUUGUAUUAUUGAUAGAUGACCAACUAAUUUGCUUAUGUUUACUUGUUCAUAUCAUGGGUUUGUGCUUAAGUUUGAAGUGUGCACAAGUAGCUACUUGGACCCUUGUUGACAGUUCUGAUCUGCUCGGUUGUAAGAAUUUAUUGUUAUCUAUACAAUCAUGGAAUCAAAUAAAUGCAUUUUAUUGAUACAAA